AUGGCUUCCCAAGAUGAAGGAAAAAGCAUUCUUGCCUACUUAAGUCGUAAUAAAAACAACAUCGUAGCAAGACUCACGUCCCGCAGCGCAUUGGAUCUUUCCACUUCCACACCUUCGAUUCAGCCCGAUGCUCAGUCUUUUCCCGCGGGGCCGGUCGCCUCUCAGUCGCGCUCUGCCGCUGAUGACGUGGUAUCCUCAAACAGCCCAUUGCGACACUCAGACACAGAUCAACUGCCCGCCACAAUUGAUCCACUCGAAGGCAUCGACGCGGCUACAGUCACCGCAACCGUCAGAGUUCCUCAGCCUAUCACUCCUACGUCCCCAGCCAUACAAGCCUUAACCAACACACUGAGAACAUUGCAUAGCAUAGUGGAGGUUUUUCCGCCUCUACAAGCUGCUGUUGGAGGACUUUUGGCCUCCGUCGAGCACGUACAGCUGAGCUCUAAGAAUCAUAGCGAAAUGGAGACAUUGGCAAGACGGCUAACAUCGCUCCUUGAGCGGCUCCGACGGUAUACAGAGGAAGCCAAAUCGAGCGAGGUUCCGGAAUUCCUUCAAAAGGUCGCAACGUCUGUCGAAGAGCAAGUGGUGAUCAUCCGCAGAAAGCAGAACCAUCGAACUACAAGAUAUCUUAUGGAUGCGGACCAGGACGAGGAGGAAAUACUACGCGGGUACAAGAACAUAGCUGAGAUCCUGAAGGACAUAAAGACUGAAGCAAACCUGAAAAUGUGGAACAUAGCCGAAGAACGGCGGGCGGACUCUCGUCUUGCCGGUUUGUCACCUGUGGAGUCUGCGGUCUAUAACUCGCUUUUGUCGCAUGAUGUGAAUCGUAGAGCAUGCACUCCGAACACCCGGUCGCAGAUCUUGCUGGAGCUCGAACAGUGGUCAGUCGAUUGGACGAAGCCUAACGUGUUCUGGAUGAACGGAAUGGCCGGCACAGGCAAGACAACGAUCGCAUACACCUUUGCUGAAUCUCUCAAAGAUUGCACUGCACUUGGCGCUAGCUUUUUUUGCACCCGUACUUCGGACGAAUGCCGGGACGUGGGCAGAAUUGUGCCUACUAUCGCGUAUCAGCUUGCACGGCGUUCGUUUUCAUUCCGAUCUGCGUUGCUGGGAGUGCUGGAGCAAGAGCCGAACAUCAAGUCACAGUCAAUCAACAGCCAGUGCCAACGACUCAUCAAAGACCCUCUAUCGAGAAUGGAGAACGCAACGGCCGAAGGGCUUGUAGUGGUGAUCGACGCGCUCGACGAAUGCAGCAACGUGGAUGGGGUACGAACGAUCUUGGACGUACUUUUCAGAAUCACUCCCACCCUGCCCCUCAAGUUCUUCGUCACUAGCCGACCCGAGCCGGACAUCCGCCACAGGAUCGAGGCGCAGUCUGACCGCAACCGGUCGAUGUGCGUGCUACAUGAAAUUGAAAAGUCGCUAGUGCAGGCAGAUAUCGAGCUAUACCUUCGCAAUGAACUGGGGAACAACGUUUCUGAGGGUGAUUUGAUCAGACUCGCCAAGCUGUCUGGUAAUCUGUUCAUAUAUGCGGCCGUGGCAAUUUGGUAUAUUCGGAGAAGAGGCACCACGGUAGAUCAAGAUCGGCUUGAGGCCAUCCUGAACUCGUCUGCCGAAUCGCCAUACCGACUCGCACACAUCGACGCUUUAUAUGCCACAAUCCUGGAUGCUGCAGUACACAAAACUGGUCGAAACGCCCGCGACCAGCAACAGAUGCGACUCGUUCUCUGGACCGCAGUUUGCACACGAGAGCCGGUCGACAUCGAUACACUGGCAGCCCUGACCGGGAUCAAGGCGAUAAAGGCUGAUAUACUGCUCCAGCCUCUGUAUUCGGUGUUACACGUGUCGCAAGCAACCAAGAUGAUCACCACGCUGCAUGCAUCGUUCCCCGACUUUAUGUUUGGUGAGGCGCGGUCGACCAAGUACUACUGCGACGAAACAAAGCACAGUCAGCUGCUCGCCGAACGGUGCUUUGAGGUGAUGGAAGAACAGCUGCGAUUCAACAUCUGUAGUCUGGAGACGUCGUUCAUACCCGAUAGAGAAGUGCAAGACCUAGAAGAUCGGAUAUCAAGGUCAGUUUCGCCAACGCUGUCAUACGUAGCGCACCACUGGAGAGACCAUGUAGUCAAGAGCGCGCCAUGUGAGACGGUGCGGGAUGGACUGAAAGACUUCCUAUCGCAGCGGCUGCUGUUCUGGAUGGAGGUGCUAAGCCUGAAACGUACACUGGACAAAGGGAUAGCCAUGCUGUCGGCACUCAAGCCAUGGCUAACGGCCGAAGACACAUCAUCAGAUCUGAUCAGACUGCUGAGCAACUCGCGAAUUUUCGUGUCAAAGUAUGCUGCCGAAUCUGUCUCGGAGUCGACGCCGCAUAUAUACAUCUCGGCAUUGCCAUUUUGCCAUCAGUCAAGCUCGGUAUACAAGCAGUACUGGGGUCGUACUCGGGAUCUUCUGAUGCUGGAAGGGUCUGCGAUGGCACAUAGUCAAACGGCGCUACUUACGACAUGGCAGAUGCCCUCGGAUGCCGUCUCACUAGCAUUCUCUCCUGAUGGGACUCGAUUUGCAAUUGGAUUCCAAGAUGGCACAGUACAUGUAUUUCAUGCGCACAAUGGAACGGUUGCUCUUGGACCCCUGAAAGGGCAUACAGAGGGGGUCCUCUCUGUAUCAUUCUCUCCCGACGGACUGCUGCUUGCCUCUGGCUCUGAGGACGGUACAAUCCUUGUGCGAGACGCGCAGACGGGCAACCGCAUAUAUGACAUCAUCGAAGGGCAUGAAAGAGCAGUGACGUCAGUAUUGUUUUCACCCGACGGCAAGUACAUCCUCUCGGGGUCCUAUGACCGGACGACGCGGAUAUGGGACAAUGGCAACAACAGUCUCCCCAAUUCCAUCAAAUGGCAUCCUUCAUGGGUUCUCUGCACGGAGUUCUCUCCUAAUGGUAGGCAUAUCGCAUGUGGCUUGUAUAGCUAUCAAUGUCCGAUUGUUGUUUACGACGCAUCCACCAGGGAGUCUCUCCCUUUUCUAUUCGAUGCUCAUCAAUCCCCAGUCUUUGCAAUUGCCUUUUCGCCGAACAGCAAGCACCUUGUCACUGGCCACGAGUCCGGCGAUCUGCGCGUCUGGAGUCUGCAGGACAGCACCGCCACACACUCCCCACCCAAAGUACACAAUGACAGAAUCAGAUCCAUUGGGUUUUCGCCACUGGGAGACAAGCUCGUCACUGGCUCUGAAGAUAGGCGCGUGUAUAUAUGGGAUGUAAAGAACGGCUACUCCAACCCUUGCCUACUUGGCACACACGACGGUUGGGUUUACUCGGCUGCGUUCUCACCCGAUGGCACAAGAGUUGCAUCAUGCUCAAAGGACCGCACCGUCAAGAUGUGGAACGCACUCGACUCGACAUCAUCUCACACCUCACACUCAAACACACCAACCAAGGCUAUCUGGUCGGUUGCAAUCUUGCCUGAUGGGUCACGCAUUGCCGCAGCCGGUGAAGACGAAGUGAUCUACAUGUUCAACACACACGAUGGCACUGCCGCUCUCCAGCCGCUUGUCGCACACACUGGCGCGAUCAAAUCGGUGGCGUUCUCACUGGACGGCAGGUACCUCGCUUCUGGCGGCGACGACAAAGGCAUAUGUCUAUGGGAUUCCACAAGCGGCGAGCUGCUAUCCGGUCCACUUCGAGGGCACGAAAAAAGGAUAUGGUCAGUGUCGUUCUCAUCCGAUAGCAGGCACAUUGUCUCUGCCUCGUGGGACAAGACCAUACGCAUGUGGAGUGUAUGGAAUGGAACUCUGGUGCCCACAAACAUAGUUGGAAGACACUACGGCAAGGUCUAUUCAGCGGCGUUCUCCCCCGACGGCAAGCAUAUUGUUUCUGGGUGCGACGACUGGAAGAUCCGGAUGUGGGACUCGCAGACGCUAUCGCUCGUGUUCGAUCCGUUUGGGUCGCAGCAGCAUAAAGGGCGUAUUUUGUCGGUGACAUUCUCACCUGAUGGCAGACUCAUUGCUUCUGGGUCCAACAAUGGCACUAUCUGCAUUUACGACUCGCAUAAUGGCGAGUUGGUUCUUGGUCCUCUCAAGGCACAUCACGACUCGGUGACUUCAAUUGUCUUCUCUCCCGACGGCAAUCACAUCGUAUCUGGCUUGGCUGAUGGAAGGGUUGGAGUAUGGAGGGUGGAAGAUGGCGCCCCUGCAUGCGAGCCACUUGAAGGACACCAAAGUUGGAUUAGUUCGGUAGCAUGUUCACAUGACGGUACAUACCUCGUCUCAGGCUCAAAUGACUCGACAAUCCGAGUAUGGAAGACACCAGGAAGGGGCUUUAUAUCCGACCUAUCUCAAUUUACCUUCGCGGCCCCGGGUCAGAGGGAGCCCCAUCGUGCAAUUUUCGAUGGAAUGAUUAUCGACAACAACGGGUGGGCACGCAACCACGACUCACAGCUACUGUUCUGGGUUCCUUCUUAUCUGCGCAAGCCUUUCCCCUCUCUCGAGACCGUUUAUGCUAUUGGACCCGAGGGCUCACUUCGAGCGGACUAUAGUAAGCCUUUGCUGCUUGGGCACGAAUGGCACCGAUGUUUUGUUAGCUGA